GCAUGUUUUGAUAUUUUUAUCUUGCUUCGUAUUACGAUGGUUUUUUCUUCACCAUAUGUUUGACCUUUUUUUUUUUCCUUUUAUAUGUGAGAACUUUGAAUAUUUUACAAUUGAAAUGCACCAUGGGGGGAAUUUUAGUCUUGGGAAUAGUCAAUAUAGAGGCGGUGGAAUAAACUUUGUGGACUAUUGUAGUGUUGAUGAAAUGUCACCCCUGGAGCUUGAGGACAUCAUAGGAAAACUUGGCCACAAAGAUGGAGCUAAUAUGGUUUUUUUGUGGUUAAUGCCUGGUCUGAAACUUAAUAAUGGUCUGAGGGUGAUUGAAAAGGAUGCUGAUUUUACAGUUGUGGAAAAUAGUGCUAAAGUGGGGAAUGUUAGUUUCACUAACAGUGAUGAUGAAGAUUAUAAUGCUAGUGAAGAUUCACAGUUUGAAGAAAGUGAUGACGAUCUAGAUUUUGAAGAAAAAUCCUUUGUUGCAAAACAAGGAAAUUUGAAUGAAAAUAACGGCAGUGAAGAUGGAAACUCAUAUGUCCUUAACAGUGAUUGUGAUUCAGAGGAUGAUGGAAACUCAAAAAGCAAGUUCCCUAAAUUUAAUCUUGAGGUUUAUAUGGAAAAUCCUCAAUUUAGAGUUGGGAUGUUGUUUACAGUGGGAAUUGAUGCGAAUGACUGUAUUUAUACCAUUGCUGUUGCUGUUGUUGAAUUAGAAAAUAGAGAAUCCUGGGAAUGGUUCUUGGAGUUGUUCAAAGUUGAUCUUGAAAUUGUCAACUCACAUGGUUAUACAUUCAUGCCUGACAAACAGAAGGGAUUAAUGCAAGCUCUUGAGAACUGUGUGCCUAACCCAGCACAUAGAUCAUCAACAAAGAAAGACUUGCAAUUGAACAUUAAAGAGUUGCAAGAAAAAUCAGGUGAUGCACUUGACUGAGGGCCACCAGAAUGGGAAAAGAGUAAUAAGCCACCAAUCCUCCUUCCAAUACUUAGAAGGCCUCCAGGAAGACCUAAUAAGGCAACGAGGAAAGCUGUUGAUGAAGAGAAGCCUAACGGUGGUGGGAAAAUGCAUAAGGUGGGUAUCCAAAUGAGGUGCACAAAAUGCGGGAUGUUGGACACAGUAAAAGGACAUGCAAAGGAGUUGUUGGAGGCAAUAAGGAACUUAAUCCUCAUGAGCUGUACUUCAUUAUAUGCAACAAAAUGCAAAUUUAGGAUCAAGUGGCGAAAGAAGGCAUCUUGCUGGGGCAAGCAUAACUAAGUGGUUUAAUGAUGUAACCAACUUCAUUUCAGAAUUCUAAAUUAUUUUUAUAUCCAAUAGCAUAAAUUUUGAUGAGCUUUAUUUUUUAAUGGUGCAUGGGUCAAAUGAAACUGUCUACAUUGC